AUGAGAGGUUAUUUUUGCAGAGUGAAGGGAAUUCUCAAUGUCACCGCCGAAAAUGGCACAACAAUGGAAGAUGACAUUUACCACAAGACUGAGCGCAUUGUUUUCAACAUCAGUGGCACUUCAUUUUCGUUAUCGGAUGGGAGAACGCUACCAAGCCGUUGCGGUACUUCACUCUCGCAAAAAAGGAAUAUUGGCUUCGAUGAGCGUAUCUUCGCUGACGAAAGCAGCCUCACCAUUGACCGUGAUACGAUUAUUGACGCAAGCAAAGGCAACCUCUGGGAGCAGGGACAGACAUUCUAUGUGGAAGAAAAACGAAGUUAUGACUACCAGAGCACAUAUGCCGACGGCUCCCUCGUUUGGACGAAUGCGCUCGUGCCGGUAAGGGAAGAAGGUACCCAAAAGAGCGAUGGUCUCGAUAAAGCUCCAUCAGAUCGGCAACAGUUACCUGAACAGCAAAGUGAAUCUCAGCAGGGUGAACCUCAAAAACAA